AUGUCGCGCUUUUUCUACGGUAACGACAGCGACAGCAACAGCAGCGGCUCCGACGAGGAGGAGCUCUACAGCGAUGAGGAGGAGGUCGAGAAGUCCGAGGAGGAAUCCAGCGAGGAGGAGGGUAGCUCUUCGGAGGAAGAGUCCUCUGAGGAUGAUGAGGCUGGAAAAACCAGUGCUAGUCGUUUCAUAAAGGAUAUCAGUGAUAGCGAGGAAAGUGAGGAUGAAGAGGUGGUCAAGGUUGUGAAGAGUGCGAAGAACAAGCGGUUGGAGGAACUCGAGAGCACGAUUAAGUUGAUGGACAAUGCUCAGAAGAUUAACGAUUGGGCGGUUAUUUCAGCUGAAUUCGACAAGCUGAACCGUCAAAUCGUGAAGGUCGUUCAGUCCGGCCCUGUUCCUAAGGUCUAUGUCAAGACCGUCGCGGACCUCGAGGAUUUGGUCAACGAGACCGUCACCAAGCAGAAGUCGUCCAACAAGAAGAUGAACGCCAGCAACGCCAAGGGUUUCAACGCAAUCAAGCAGAAGAUCAAGAAGAACAACAAGGAAUAUGCUGCACAGAUUGAGAAGUACCGUGCGAACAAGGAAGACUUCAUGGAGAGCGAGGAUGAAGAGGAGAAGAAGAAGUCUGCCCCGGCUGCACCUCGCCUGAGCAAGCUGGAGCGCGUCGAGGCACCCGCUGCUGUUGCCGGUGACGACGAUGGAUUCGCGACCGUUGGCCGUGGUGGAAAGACUCUUCAGUACACCCCAGAGAGCAUCCUUAAGCACCUCCGUGUUAUCGUCGAGUCCCGAGGAAAGAAGAACACCGACCGCCUCGAGCAGAUCAAGACCAUGGAGAAGCUCCUCGAGGUUUCCCAGAACCCUUACCAGCGCAUCCGUGUCUACCUUACCCUUAUCUCCACCCGCUUCGACCUUACCACUACAUCUGCCGCUGCGUACAUGAGCGUUGAACAAUGGAAGGCUGCUGAGCAAGAAUUCGCCACCCUGCUUUCCGUUCUUGAGAAGGAGACCGACUACGUUGUCAGCGAAGGUGCCGAGGAGUGGGAGGAUGAUGAGAAGCAGCCCCAGGUUACGCCAGGCCAGACCCUGUACAUCCCGGGCAGCAUUGUUUCGUACAUUGAGAGACUUGAUGACGAGCUCACGAGGUCUCUGCAGCACAUCGACCCUCACACCGCCGAGUAUAUCGAACGUCUGAGCGACGAGAAGCAGCUGUAUACCAAUCUUGCACGGACCCAGAUCUACGUUGAGGGUCUGACGAAGCGGGAGAAGACCGAGCUUCGCCAGGACAGCCUUAAUCGUGUGGUGAUGAGGAGACUCGAACACAUCUACUUCAAGCCUUCUCAGGUCAUCACAAUUCUGGAAGAUAACACGGGGAAGGCUCUUCCCUCAGAGCUGAAAUCCUCCAUCACAAGCGGUACAAACACUGCCGAUGCCGAGGCCCUCGUCCACACGCUAUGCAACUACCUGUUCAAGAACAGCGAUGGUAUCCUCCGGGCCCGGGCAAUGCUCGCCCAGAUCUACUUCCUCGCCCUUCACGACCAGUACUACCGUUCUCGUGACUUGAUGCUCAUGUCUCACCUUUCCGAGAACAUUGCGAACUUCGAUGUUAGCUCUCAGAUCCUCUUCAACCGAACGUUGGUCCAGAUCGGUCUGUGUGCCUUCCGUGCUGGUCUCGUCUACGAAGCCCAGAACACUCUCUCCGAGAUCUGCGGUAGCGGGCGCCAGAAAGAGCUUCUCGCCCAGGGCAUCAUCCUCCAGCGUUACUCUACCGUCUCCCCCGAACAAGAGCGUCUUGAGCGUCAACGUCAACUCCCCUUCCACAUGCACAUCAACCUCGAACUGCUCGAGUGCAUUUACCUCACCUCUAGCAUGUUCCUUGAGGUCCCUCUGAUGGCUCAGACCUCUUCCUCCCCCGAAAUGAAGCGCCGCGUCAUCUCCAAGACCUUCCGCCGUAUGCUUGACUACAACGAGCGCCAGGUCUUCACCGGUCCCGCCGAGAACACCCGUGAUGGUGUCAUCAUGAGCGCCAAGUUCCUCGCCGCCGGUGACUGGAAGAAGGCCGCGGAGAUGCUUAACUCCAUCAAGAUCUGGGACCUUAUGCCCCAACCAGAGAAGAUCAAGGAGAUGCUCUCCCAGCAGAUUCAAGAAGAGGGACUCCGCACAUAUCUCUUUACCUAUGCCCCCUUCUACGACAGCCUCUCUAUCUCCACCUUGUCAACCAUGUUCGAGCUCCCCGAAAAGAAGAUCGCUGCUAUCAUCAGCCGCAUGAUCUCCCACGAGGAACUCGGCGCAGCCCUCGACCAGGUCAACGACGCCAUCAUCUUCCGCAAGGGUGCUGAGCUCUCUCGCCUCCAGUCCCAGAUCGUCACCCUCGGCGACAAGUCCAUGAACCUCCUCGAGGCCAACGAGAAGACUCUCGAGCAACGGACACAGGGUAUGGCCAAUGCCUUCCAGCGCGAGCACGGGCCUGGCGGCCGUGGCGGCCGUGGUCCCCGAGGUGGUGGUCAAGGCCGUGGUGGUGGUCAAGGCCGUGGUGGUGCGAGAAUACCUGGUGGUGGACAGCGCCGACCGGGUGGACAGCAAUUCGGUGGUGGUGCAUUGGGUGGAGCGAUCAAGGCUUAA